CCUUGGCAUGUGCGUAUGUGUGAGGUGCGUGUGUGGUAUGGUAAAAGCAAAGAGGCUGAGAUCAAGAGGAUCAACAAGGAACUGGCCAACAUCCGCUCCAAGUUCAAGGGGGACAAGGCCCUGGAUGGCUACAGCAAAAAGAAAUAUGUCUGCAAGCUGCUUUUCAUCUUUCUGCUUGGCCAUGACAUUGACUUUGGGCACAUGGAGGCUGUCAACCUGCUCAGCUCAAACAAGUACACCGAGAAGCAGAUUGGAUACCUGUUCAUCUCCGUGCUGGUGAACUCCAACAGUGAGCUGAUCCGGCUCAUUAACAACGCCAUCAAGAAUGACCUGGCAAGCCGCAACCCCACCUUCAUGUGCCUGGCGCUGCACUGCAUCGCCAACGUGGGCAGCCGCGAGAUGGCAGAGGCCUUCGCCUCCGAGAUCCCCCGCAUCUUGGUGGCUGGCGACACUAUGGACAGUGUGAAGCAGAGUGCGGCCCUCUGCCUCCUGCGCCUCUACAAGACCUCGCCUGACCUUGUGCCCAUGGGCGAGUGGACCUCCCGCGUGGUGCACCUGCUGAAUGACCAACACAUGGGGGUGGUCACGGCCGCUGUCAGCCUCAUUACCUGCCUUUGCAAGAAGAACCCUGAUGAUUUCAAGACCUGCGUCUCUCUGGCUGUGUCCAGGCUGAGCCGGAUUGUCUCCUCAGCCUCCACGGACCUACAAGAUUACACGUACUAUUUUGUGCCGGCCCCGUGGCUCUCAGUGAAGCUCUUGCGCCUCCUUCAGUGCUACCCACCACCAGAGGACGCGGCGGUGAAGGGGCGCUUGGUUGAGUGCCUGGAGACAGUCCUCAACAAGGCCCAGGAGCCACCAAAGUCCAAGAAGGUUCAGCAUUCCAAUGCCAAGAACGCCAUCCUCUUUGAGGCCAUCAGCCUCAUCAUCCACUACGACAGUGAACCUAACCUGCUGGUACGGGCCUGUAACCAGCUGGGCCAGUUCCUCCAGCACCGAGAGACCAACCUACGGUACCUGGCUCUGGAGAGUAUGUGCACCCUCGCCAGCUCUGAAUUCUCCCAUGAGGCUGUCAAGACCCACAUUGAGACCGUUAUCAAUGCCCUCAAGACGGAGCGGGAUGUGAGUGUGCGGCAGCGUGCAGCUGACCUGCUGUACGCCAUGUGUGACCGCACCAAUGCCAAGCAGAUUGUAUCAGAGAUGCUGAGCUACCUGGAGACAGCCGACUACUCUAUCCGUGAAGAGAUCGUGCUGAAGGUGGCGAUCCUGGCGGAGAAGUAUGCAGUGGACUACAGCUGGUAUGUGGACACGAUCCUCAACCUGAUCCGCAUCGCAGGCGACUACGUGAGUGAGGAGGUCUGGUACCGCGUCAUCCAGAUUGUCAUCAACCGGGAUGAUGUCCAGGGCUACGCCGCCAAGACUGUCUUUGAGGCCCUGCAGGCCCCUGCCUGCCAUGAGAACAUGGUGAAAGUUGGUGGCUACAUCCUCGGGGAGUUCGGGAAUCUCAUUGCAGGGGACCCCCGCUCCAGCCCCCUGGUGCAGUUCAACCUGCUGCACUCCAAGUUCCACCUGUGCUCGGUGGCCACCCGUGCCCUCCUGCUCUCCACCUACAUCAAGUUCAUCAACCUUUUUCCUGAGACCAAGGCCACUAUCCAGGAGGUGCUGCGCUCCGACAGCCAGAUCCGCAAUGCAGAUGUGGAGCUGCAGCAGCGUGCCGUCGAGUACCUCAAGCUCAGCUCCAUCGCCAGCACUGAUGUCCUGGCAACAGUGCUGGAGGAGAUGCCCCCAUUCCCUGAGCGGGAGUCAUCCAUCCUGGCCAAGCUGAAGAAGAAAAAGGGCCCUGGGGCAGGCAAUGAGUUGGAUGAUGGCAAGAAAGAGCCUGGGGCAGAGAUUAAUGGGGGCAUGGAUCCCAGUGCCAGUACCGCUUCCACUCCGUCGCCGUCCGCUGACUUGUUGGGACUCCGGGCAGCUCCCCCUGCCGGCUCGGCAGCCCCCCCCCGCCGGGCCGGGGCCCCCACCAGUGCUGGAAACCUCCUGGUGGACGUGUUCUCUGACAGCCCGGCAGCUGCCCCUGGCACCGAAGAGAACUUCCUCAGUGACUUGGAGCCGCCCACUGAGAGUUCUGUGUCCCUAUUGGUGGACGCAGCUGUGCCUGCCGACGCGGGGGCCGCUGCUUCUGUCUGCGAGGACCCUGCUUUGCCUCUCUCUGAAGCUGAUGAGCUGCUUAACAAGUUUGUGUGCAAGAACAAUGGGGUGCUGUUUGAAAACCAGCUGCUGCAGAUCGGGGUGAAGUCUGAGUUCCGGCAGAACCUAGGCCGGAUGUACCUGUUCUACGGGAACAAGACGUCGGUCCAGUUCCAGAGCUUCACACCCACUGUCACCUACCCCGGGGAGCUGCAGAGUCAGCUCAACAUCCAGACCAAGGCCGUGGACCCGCUGGUGGAGGGUGGUGCCCAGGUCCAGCAGGUGCUCAACAUCGAGUGCCUCAGUGACUUCACCCUGGCGCCCCUCAUCAACAUCAAGUUCAGGUAUGGGGGGACCCUGCAGAACAUCACCCUGAAGCUGCCCAUCACCCUGAACAAGUUCUUCCAGGCCACGGAGAUGCAGUCCCAGGACUUCUUCCAGCGCUGGAAGCAGCUCAGCCUACCCCAGCAGGAAGCCCAGAAGAUCUUCAAGGCAAAUCACCCCAUGGACCCAGAGGUCACCAAAGCCAAGCUGCUGGGCUUUGGCAGUGCUCUGCUGGACAAGGUAGACCCCAACCCUGACAACUUCGUAGGCGCUGGCAUCAUCCAGACCAAGUCCCUCCAGGUUGGCUGUCUCCUGCGGCUGGAACCAAAUGCCCAGGCCCAGAUGUACCGCCUGACUCUGCGCACCAGCAAGGAGGCCGUGUCGAGGCACUUGUGUGAGCUGCUGUCAGAACAAUUCUGAGUAGCACCAGCUUGUUGUGGGGAGAGGCAGGGGCAGGAGAGAGCCCCUCUGGGCACAGAGGCACACCCCCCACCCCCCCCCCCCCCCCCAGCCUGUUAUGCACUCCCACCCCGUCCUGUUGUCAUGGUAACCUUUGUGUUCUCAUCAGCUAGCCCAGGCCAGCACUGCGGGGGG